GGUUGAAUGACCAAUUGGCUUCAUUUCUUCCGCUCGCGCGCCGAACCACGCGGCCCUUUUCUCAGCUGAAACAAAAUGUUAAUUUAAAUAAAAUUAAAUAAACCCAAGAAAAGAAAAUACAGAGACAAGAGAGAGAAACGCACAGGGGAAACGAAAAGACUGAGACUCCCUCUGACUCUCUCUCUCUUCGCUUCUCCUCCAUUGACGCAGCUCUCAUCAUGGUUCUCCUCGGAUAGGCCAAUUUCGAGUGUGUUUGGUUUGAAUUGGAGGGAAGCUUACUGUGGUGAGCUUGCCCUACAUCAUUGAUUCAUAUCAAACAGCUUGAAUUAUUAAUCGAGGACAGAGGACUGCAUUGGAUUCGAUUGGAUGACAUGAAAAACAACUAGGUGUGAUGAUUCUCUGGUCGGAGGAGGGGAUUCCGGGGUAAUUAAUGAGGCUUCAUUCUUGGCGAGACAACUGAGGAGAACGCUAAAGUGGAGCAAUAUUGGUGCUAAUGUCAAAGUCUCCCUCCAGUGAGCCACAGGAGCCUACAUCCUCAUCUACUUAUCGGACAAGGGAAUCAAAUGGAGCAACAGGAAUGGAUGAUCCCGAAACUACAAUGGCUACAGUUGCUAAUUUUAUUGAGCAGCUACAUGCCAACAUGUCAUCACCGCAUGAGAAAGAACUUAUUACAACGCGUUUAUUAGGCAUAGUUAGAGCAAGAAAGGAUGCUAGAACACUUAUUGGUUCUCAUGGCCAGGCAAUGCCGUUGUUCAUAUCAAUUCUCAGGAGUGGCACCCCUGCAGCAAAAGUGAAUGUAGCUGUGACUCUAAGCAUUUUAUGCAAAGAUGAAGACUUAAGAUUAAAGGUGCUUCUAGGUGGGUGCAUCCCACCAUUACUCUCACUUUUGAAGUCCAAAUCAACUGAGGGCAGGAAAGCAGCAGCUGAAGCAAUUUAUGAAGUUUCCUCAGGUGGGCUUUCUGAUGAUCAUGUGGGGAUGAAAAUAUUUGUUACAGAAGGUGUAGUCCCCACCCUAUGGGAUCAACUAAAUCGAAAAAACAAGCAGGACAAAGUGGUAGAGGGAUUUGUCACUGGGGCUUUGAGGAAUCUUUGUGGUGACAAGGAUGGGUAUUGGAGAGCAACAUUGGAGGCUGGAGGAGUAGACAUUAUUGUGGAGCUUCUGUCUUCUGAUAAUGCUGCUGCUCAAUCUAAUGCCGCUUCUCUCUUGGCCCGUCUGAUGUUGGCUUUUAGUGAUAGUAUCCCUAAAGUAAUAGAUGCUGGUGCUAUCAAAGCAUUGCUUGGGCUUGUGAGUCAUAAAAAUGAUAUUUCUGUCCGUGCCAGUGCUGCUGAUGCUUUGGAGGCCCUUUCUUCGAAGUCAACUAGAGCCAAACAAGCUGUUGUGGAUGCUGAUGGAAUUCCAGUUCUCAUAGGGGCUGUUGUUGCUCCUUCUAAAGAGUGUAUGCAAGGGGAACAUGGUCAGGCUCUACAGGGGCAUGCAACGCGAGCUUUAGCAAACAUCUGUGGUGGCAUGUCUGCUCUAAUAAUGUAUCUCGGAGAACUUUCUCAGUCUCCUCGCUUAGCUGCACCAGUUGCUGACAUAAUUGGAGCACUUGCCUACUCUCUGAUGGUCUUUGAGCAGAAAUCUGUCACUGAAGAACCUUUUGAUGCAACACAAAUAGAAGACAUUCUGGUCAUUUUGCUAAAGCCUCGAGACAAUAAGCUGGUUCAGGAACGUGUCCUCGAGGCUCUUGCCAGCCUUUAUGGUAACAUUUAUCUUUCAAGAUGGCUUAAUCAUGCAGAAGCAAAGAAGGUGCUUAUUGGACUUAUAACAUUGGCUGCUGCUGAUGUACAAGAGUAUCUGAUACUGUCUUUGACAAGCUUAUGUUGUGAUGGCAUUGGCAUCUGGGAAGCAAUUGGGAAGAGAGAAGGAAUUCAGUUAUUGAUUUCAUUAUUGGGCUUGUCCAGUGAGCAGCAUCAAGAGUAUGCUGUUCAGCUACUGGCAAUCUUGACUGACCAAGUCGAUGACAGCAAGUGGGCAAUCACUGCUGCAGGUGGGAUUCCACCAUUAGUACAGUUAUUAGAAACAGGAUCACAAAAAGCAAGGGAGGAUGCAGCACAUGUUCUGUGGAAUUUGUGUUGUCAUAGUGAAGAUAUACGUGCUUGUGUUGACAGUGCAGGAGCUCUUCCAGCAUUCUUAUGGCUUCUAAAAAAUGGGGGACCUAAAGGGCAAGAAGCCUCAGCUAUGGCACUUACAAAGCUUGUUCGAACUGCUGACUCUGCCACCAUUAAUCAGUUAUUAGCCUUGCUCCUAGGCGAAUCGCCAAGCACAAAGGCCCACAUAAUUAGAGUUCUGGGCCAUGUGCUCACUAUGGCAUCACAGAAGGAUCUUGUAAAUAAGGGAGCUGCUGCUAACAAAGGAUUGAGAUCCCUGGUGCAGGUUCUUAACUCCUCCAACGAGGAAACGCAAGAAAAUGCUGCUUCAGUCCUUGCUGAUCUAUUCAGCAGUAGACAAGAUAUUUGUGAUAGUCUUGCAACUGAUGAGAUUGUGCAUCCUUGCAUGAAGCUUUUGACGAGCAAUACCCAGGUUGUUGCAACUCAAUCAGCUCGAGCCUUGGGUGCUCUGUCACGCCCAACCAAGACCAAGGCUACAAAUAAGAUGUCUUACAUUGCAGAAGGGGAUGUCAAGCCUCUAAUCAAGUUGGCUAAAACUUCUUCCAUUGAUGCUGCUGAGACUGCGGUUGCUGCGCUUGCCAAUCUUCUGUCUGAUCCGCAGAUUGCUGCAGAAGCUUUGGCAGAAGAUGUUGUAUCAGCAUUGACAAGAGUGCUGGGAGAAGGCACAUUGGAAGGUAAAAAGAAUGCCUCACAGGCCAUUCAUCAGUUGUUGAAACACUUUCCAGUUGGUGAUGUACUGACAGGAAAUGCUCAGUGUCGAUUCACUAUUCUUUCACUUGUUGAUUCUCUAAAUGCCAUGGAUAUGGAUGGAUCUGAUGCUGCUGAUACUUUAGAGGUCGUUGCACUCUUGGCUAGGACAAAACAGAAUGUGAACUUCACCUACCCCCCAUGGUCUGCCUUUGCUGAAGUUCCGUCAAGCUUGGAUACUCUUGUGCGCUGCCUGGCAGAGGGGCUGCCCCCACUGCAAGAUAAGGCAAUAGAAAUUCUCUCUAGGCUAUGUGGGGAGCAACCAAUUGUCCUUGGUGAUCUAUUAGUUGCAAGAUUGAGAUCCAUUGGCUCAUUAGCUAAUAGAAUAAUGAACUCCUCAAGUUUAGAAGUGAGAGUUGGAGGGACUGCAUUGCUGAUGUGUGCUGCAAAAGAGCACAGACAGCAAUCUAUGGAUGCGCUUGAUUUGUCAGGAUAUUUAAAGCCCCUGAUAUUUGCAUUAGUGGAUAUGAUGAAGCGAAAUUCUAGCUGUUGUUCUCUAGAAAUUGAAGUCAGAACUCCUAGAGGUUAUAUGGAAAGAACUGUGUUUCAAGAUGGAGACGAGUUUGUGGCCCCUGAUCCAGCAACUGUCUUGGGCGGUACAGUUGCCUUGUGGUUGCUGUCAAUAAUAUCUUCAUUUCAUGUAAAAAACAAACUGACAGUAAUGGAAGCUGGAGGUGUUGAGGCCUUGUGCGAUAAGCUUGCAAGCUAUACUUCCAAUCCACAGGCAGAGUUUGAGGAUACAGAGGGUAUUUGGAUUAGUGCCCUGCUCCUGGCUAUAUUAUUCCAAGAUGCGGAUGUUGUUUUAGCUCCUGCUACUAUGCGCAUCGUACCCUCCCUUGCCCUUCUGCUGAGAUCUGAAGAAGUGAUUGACAGAUUUUUUGCCGCCCAGGCAAUGGCUAGCCUUGUUUGUAAUGGAAUCAAGGGAAUAAACCUUGCAAUUGCGAACUCUGGAGCAGUUGCUGGGUUAAUAACCUUGAUUGGUUGCAUAGAAUCAGAUUUGCCAAACCUUGUAGCAUUAUCUGAAGAAUUUUCUUUGGCACGAAAUCCUGAUCAAGUUGUUUUGGAACAUCUUUUUGAAAUUGAAGACAUAAGAUUUGGUUCCACUGCACGCAAAUCUAUACCGUUGUUAGUGGAUCUCCUAAGACCAAUUCCUGAUAGGCCAGGUGCCCCUCCAAUUGCUGUUCGCCUCUUGACCUGUCUUGCUGAUGGAAGUGAUACGAACAAACUAAUCAUGGCUGAAGCUGGAGCUCUGGAUGCUCUAACAAAGUAUCUAUCUUUAAGCCCUCAAGAUUUAACUGAGGCCACCAUAUCUGAACUGUUGAGAAUAUUAUUCAGCAAUCCUGAUCUUCUUCGGUAUGAAGCAUCACUUAGUUCCUUAAAUCAACUUGUAGCAGUUCUCCGUUUGGGCUCAAGGAGUGCCAGAUUUAGUGCUGCUAGGGCUCUACAUGAACUUUUUGAUGCUGAUAAUAUUAGAGAUUCUGAAUUAGCAAGGCAAGCAGUUCAGCCUUUGGUUGACAUGCUUAAUGCCACAUCAGAGAGUGAGCAACAGGCUGCUCUUGCUGCCUUGAUCAAGUUGACUUCGGGAAAUCCUUUAAAAGCUGCUUUGAUGACUGAUGUUGAAGGAAACCCCCUUGAGAGUCUUCACAGAAUUUUGUAUUCCUCCUCAUCUAUGGAACUAAAGAUAAAUGCUGCACAACUCUGUAUUGUUCUUUUUGGCAAUUCUAAAGUCAGAGCAAAUCCCAUUGCCUCAGAAUGCAUACAACCCCUAAUAGUACUGAUGCAGUCUGAUACAAGCGCAGCCGUAGAAUCUGGUGUUUGUGCUUUUGAUAGAUUAUUGGAUGACGAGCAACAAGUGGAGCUUGCAGCAGCUUUUGAUGUUGUGGAUCUCCUUGUAAGCUUAGUUUCUGGGUCAAAUCAUCGGCUUAUUGAGGCUAGCAUCUGUUCCCUUAUAAAGUUGGGGAAGGAUCGUACUCCCUAUAAGCUGAAUAUGGUCGAAGCUGGCAUAAUUGAUAAUUGCCUUGAACUUCUCCCCAUUGCACCCAGCUCUUUAUGCUCUUCAAUUGCAGAAUUGCUCCGCAUUUUAACAAAUAGUAGUGCAAUUGCUAGAAACUCAACUGCUGCAAGAAUUGUAGAACCCCUUUUUAUGGUUUUGCUUCGUCCGGAUUUCAGCUUGUGGGGACAGCACAGUGCUUUGCAAGCACUUGUAAAUAUUUUGGAGAAACCACAAAGCCUCGCAACUUUAAAACUUACUCCUAGCCAAGUAAUUGAGCCUCUGAUUUCAUUUCUAGAAUCUCCAUCUCAAGCUAUCCAGCAGCUUGGAACAGAAUUGCUAUCUCAUCUUCUUGCACAGGAACAUUUUCAGCAAGACAUUACGACAAAAAAUGCAGUUGUACCCCUUGUACAGCUUGCAGGAAUUGGAAUAUUAAACUUACAGCAAACAGCAAUAAAAGCAUUGGAAAAUAUCUCUACAAGCUGGCCUAAGGCAGUUGCUGAUGCUGGGGGUAUUUUUGAGCUUGCGAAGGUUAUUAUUCAAGAUGACCCUCAACCACCUCAUGCAUUGUGGGAGUCAGCUGCCUUGGUUCUUUCUAAUGUCCUGCAUUUCAAUGCUGAGUACUAUUUUAAAGUUCCUCUGGUAGUUCUUGUGAAAAUGUUGCACUCAACACUGGAGAGCACUAUUACAGUGGCUCUUAAUGCUCUAAUUAUUCACGAGAGGAGUGAUGCUUCAAGUGCAGAACUAAUGACUGAAGCUGGUGCGAUAGAUGCUUUGUUAGACCUUCUAAGAUCUCACCAGUGUGAAGAAGCAUCAGGAAGAUUACUUGAAGCUCUAUUUAAUAAUGUGAGAGUACGAGAGAUGAAGGUAUCCAAGUAUGCAAUAGCACCUUUAUCACAGUACUUAUUAGACCCUCAGACCAGAUCAGAGUCUGGUAGGCUUCUCGCAGCACUAGCUCUCGGCGACCUAUCCCAGCAAGAAGGACUUGCUAGAGCCAGUGAUUCUGUAUCUGCUUGCCGUGCUCUGAUAAGCUUGCUUGAGGAUCAACCAACUGAAGAAAUGACAAUGGUGGCAAUAUGUGCUCUGCAAAACUUUGUCAUGCGCAGUAGAACUAAUAGGCGAGCUGUAGCAGAAGCAGGUGGCAUAUUGGUAAUUCAGGAAUUACUACUUUCUCUUAGUUCUGAGGUUGCUGGGCAGGCAGCAUUGCUGAUCAAAUUUUUGUUUUCUAAUCACACGCUUCAAGAAUAUGUAUCAAAUGAGCUCAUCAGAUCUUUGACAGCUGCAUUAGAGAGGGAGUUGUGGUCCACAGCAACUAUUAACGAAGAGGUCUUGAGAACCUUGAAUGUCAUAUUUAAUAACUUCCCCAAGCUCCAUGUAUCUGAAGCAGCUACUCUCUGCAUUCCUCAAUUGGUAGGAGCUCUGAAAUCAGGAACUGAGGCUGCUCAGGAAUCUGUAUUGGACACCUUAUGCUUGUUAAAACUUUCAUGGUCAACCAUGCCAAUAGACGUUGCCAAGUCCCAAGCCAUGAUUGCUGCUGAAGCCAUUCCCAUACUUCAAAUGUUAAUGAAAACUUGCCCACCGAGUUUCCAUGACAGAGCAGACAGUCUGUUACAUUGCUUGCCUGGCUGCUUGACUGUUACCGUUAAGCGUGGGAACAACCUAAAGCAGGCCAUGGGAAGCACCAAUGCUUUCUGUCGAUUGACAAUUGGCAAUGGUCCUCCACGUCAAACCAAGGUAGUGAAUCACAGUAUCUCUCCAGAAUGGAAAGAAGGGUUUACGUGGGCAUUUGAUGUGCCUCCGAAGGGACAAAAACUCCACAUCCUAUGCAAAAGCAAGAACACGUUUGGAAAGACAACGCUUGGAAGAGUGACCAUCCAAAUUGAUAAAGUUGUGACUGAGGGAGUAUACAGUGGACUGUUCAGCCUUAAUCAUGAUAGCAACAAAGAUGGUUCUUCCCGAACUCUUGAAAUUGAGAUUAUCUGGUCCAACAGGAUGUCUAAUGAAAGCAUGUGAAAAAGAAAAAAAAAAAAAGUUAGGUUGUGCAAUUUUCUAUAAAAGCAGGUGGGAUCGGAUGUCGCAAGCUCUGCCCAGAAAGCCAAGCAGUCCCGAAGUCAUGGAGGUUGGUUUCCUGUAAGUAUUCACGUCUAUUAGAAGUCCAUUUUUGUAGCUCUGAAUGAAUGUGCUGCCCCCGAGAUGCAAAUUGUAAAAUAUUUGUUUGCAGUGUUGAAAAAGAGUCGAAGAAAGUAUUCCCAUGGUCCAGGGAAUUAAAAAAAUUAUUAAGUUUGUUGUACAGAUCAAUCUGUAGCCACUAGCAAUUUAAGAAUAAUAGAAAAAAUUGGCAUUGAAAAA